AUGCUCGUGAAAUACGGCUUACUCCUGCUUUCAUCUACGCUUGCGGUCUUAGGAUUAGUCCCAAAGUGCUGCGAAAAUGACGGAACAAUUCCCGAACGCAUUGGUGACCGCCCACCCAUGCCAGGCGCCGUAACAACUUGCUCCGGUUCUGUAUUCCCGAGCUGUUCAAGCGGAACAGCCAAAUGUUUGAGUACAGGCUUCGAUUGCUACAAUGAGCACAACCAACCUGCGGGAGCUACUCCAGGCUGUAGUAAUGGAGAAAAUGCGCAAUCACUUAGAGUAUCCAAUGUGGGAGGUUUUGACUUAGGAUUGACAAGCAAUAGGCCUAUUGGUUAA